AUGGCUCAAACAAUAGUAGUAACUUCAAUUCCUCAAUUUAGCCACCAAAGUUCUAUUAUUAAGUUCUCCAAGAGACUCAUUCAUCUCCAUAACCAAUUCCAUGUAACAUGCAUCUUCCCCACCAUUGAUGCACCUAUCCCAGCCACCCUCAAAUUACUUGAUUCUCUUCCUUCAUCCAUAACAUGCACUUUCCUUCCUCCAAUAAACAAACAAGACUUACCACAAGAUGGUCCCUUACAAAUCCUUCUCGCCGUUUCUCAAUCCAUGCCAGCCUUCCGCGACUCGUUGAUUUCACUCCGUUCAAGCACACUAGUGGUAUCAAUUGUUGCUGAUUUAUUGGUAAGCCAAGCAUUAGAAAUAGCUAAAGAGUUCAACCUCUUUUCUUUCAUAUACUUCCCACUUUCGGCCAUGGUAUCGUCACUACAUUUGCAUUUGCUUUCACUUCAUGAACAAAUUUCAUGUGAAUACAUAGAUCACACCGAGCCUAUUCUCAUUCCAGGUUGCGUACCUAUCCGUGGCCAAGAUCUCCCUUCUGUUUUCUUAAUGGAUCGGUCUAGUUUAGUUUACGAGUUAGUUCUUCGACAUACUAAGAAUUUUUCUCUUGCUGAUGGUGUAUUGGUUAAUAGCUUCUUAGAAAUGGAGGAAAAUACAAUGAGAGCCUUAACGCGGAACGACCACAACAACAACAAAACCCAAUUAGUUUAUUUGGUUGGACCAAUCUUACAAACGGGUUUAGAAACCGAGCCAAAAGGGUCUGAUUGCGAGAAGUGGUUAGAGAAUCAAACACAAAACUCCGUUUUGUAUGUUUGCUUUGGAAGUGGAGGCACAUUAUCUCAGGAACAAAUCAAUGAACUAGCUUUCGGGUUGGAGUUGAGUGGUGUGAAAUUCUUGUGGGUUUUGAGAGAACCUAGUAAUUCUAAAAAUGUAGAUUACCAAAGUGCUUCAAAUGAUGAUGACAACAUUUUAAAGUUUUUACCACAAGGAUUUUUAGAGAGAACAAAAGAACAUGGCUUAGUCGUUCCUUUUUGGGCACCACAAACUCAAAUCUUAAGUCACACUUCAAUCGGUGGAUUUUUAACACAUUGCGGUUGGAAUUCAAUACUUGAGAGCAUUAUGUUAGGAGUUCCAAUGAUAACUUGGCCAUUGUUUGCCGAUCAGAGAAUGAAUGCUAUUUUGUUAAUAGAGAGUUUAAAAGUGGGUUUAGAGGUAAAAUUUAAUGAAAAUGGAAUUGCUGAAAGAGAGGAAAUUUCUAAUGUAAUUAGAGAUUUAAUGCUAGGAGAAAAACGAAGUGUGAUUCAACAAAAAAUUGAAGAGCUUAAAGAUGUUGCUAAAGGUGCAUUAGGAGAAGAUGGGUCAUCCACAAGGACACUUUCUCAAUUUGUCACUACUCUAAUGGAAAGCCAUGCAUCUCAUGAAUAAAACAUUAAAAUAUGCUUGUCUUUUACUA